AUGCUUCCUCGCUCCACCCCUAUGCUCAAGCGGAAGUAUGAAGGCUUUGGUCCCCAGAAAUUCCCACCAAUUCUGGUGUCUUCGCCCCCACUGGGGCUCAACCGUAGAAUUGAUGAAAUGGCCAUGCCUGCCCACGGCCCAGGCCUGACCCACGAAAGUGCUCAAAAGCGCCGCAAGAAGCUUUGCCAGCUCGUAUCUCCACAGCUGGGGCUCUCUUUCGUGGAUACAGCAAUUUCCACUUUACCAACUGGUGCGUUCACUAGACCACAAGAAGUAUUCCAACACGUUCUGGAAGAGCACGACGAUGCCGGGGCAUGCCACAGCAUGCCGUUUUCCGGCAGUACAAAACGUCCUUUGGUUCGCCAGUUCAUGAUGGUGGCAAACAAGGAGCCUCUAAACCUGACCAGUAUCUGCUCCCAGAGAGACAGCCAUGCCUCGAACUCGUUGGAUACCAACUUCCGGGAGAAGAGGAGCAUUAACGUCCAUAGUUUGGCGCUGCUUCAGCCUCCAAAGGUUCCUAUUGAAAACUCUCCUCAAAUCCCAUCGCUGAAAUCAUCACCAUGUCCCAAUUUCGCAGCCACCAUACAAACGCCCCAUGAGCCUCGUUACCCAAUUUCCAAAAUGCCUGCCUCCAUCAGGCAAGAAAUAGCCAUCCACAAUGAGUUAAAUCUCUUCACCUUAUCUGAUUUCUUUCAGAACCAUCUAGAAGAGAGGCUAAUGCGGUGGAGACCCAGUGAGUCUCAACAAAAUGUGGACGAUGCCUUGAGAGGACCCCAUCCUUUCCAAACACUCAAUGACCAGGAAAAUGUCCAGCCAAAUUCGUUUCUUGCCCUGUUGAAAGACUGGUUCAGCAAGGAUCUCAAAACUACGGCUCAAACGCUUCCCCUGCCUCUUAGCAUUGUGCCUCCCCAUGAUUUGAGGGAUACAGAUUUAAUUCAGGCAAUUGGUGCUUUGCGGAUGAAUCCGAAUACCUCGGACUCGAUCCUCCAAAGAGUCCUGCCUGCUUAUCUUGCGGCUCAUUCUGUGGCUCUACAAAUGACUCCAACUCCAUUAGCGUUUCCAUUGGCGGAAUUGCAACUGGAAAAUGCAUUGCACCCAUCAGUUGCAUUCUAUAGAUCACUGGCAUCAAGAAGUGAAUUUAGAGAAAUCUACGAAGAUGUAGAAGACUUUUUCGUGAGUUGUGCCCGUGAUUUUUGGGAGUCUCUAGUAGGGGCGGUCUCUUAUUGUCACGGUUCCGCCUAA